AUGGUAGCAGCAGCAGCAGUACAAAAGGCAACAGUGGUGGCGGUAGCAGCAUCGGCGAUAGCAGCAGCAGCAGCAGUGGCAGCAGCAGCAGCGACAGAAGCAGCAGCGAUGCCAGCAGAGCCGCAGCAGCAACAGCAGCAGCAGCAGCAGCAGCAGCAGCAGCAGGGCGGCGCAGGCAGCAUCCGCCCCAGCAAAAAGCCGACCAAACCGCACUGCAGCAAAUCAAUUAAAUGA